CCAACAUGGCGGCGGAGGAAGGCGAAGUAGGAAAAGAAAAGUCCUUCAAAUUAUUGGGCAUCAUUGAUGUUCAGAAAACUCCUUGUGCACGGGAAUCAAUACUAUAUGGAACUGUCGGUUCUUUGGUUAUUGGACUGGGACAUUUCUUGGCAACAAGUAGAGUGAGAAGAUCCUGUGACUUUGCUGUUGGUGGAUUCAUUCUUACUACCCUAGGAUGCUGGGUGCAUUGCAGAUACAAUAAUGCAAAAUUAAGGAUCCAGCAAAAGAUGUUGCAAGAAGGCAUUAAAAAUAAGAUACUAUUUGAAGGCAGCAGCCUGGAUCCAAAUAUGGAUAAAAACAAAACUGACUCAAAAACCUGAUUUUUCACAUAAAAAAAACAGGACUCCAAAGUAUAUACUUAUCUUACUAAAACCUACAUUUGAACAGUGUACUUGUGUUCUUUGCCAGAGACAAUAAACCUCACUUUCAGUAACUUGAUUUAGCACCUUUUUGCCCUAUGAAGUCAUGGCAUACAUAAAGUGGGUAAAGCAAGUUCGACAAUAAAGGCCAUGUAUUACACAGCACAGUCAAAAUUAAUUUCCCCACAUUGCUGGACCCAAGGGAAAGCUAUUUUUUUUUUUUAAAUUCUCUGCCGGUGGAAGACCAUAUAAAGGAGGAACACAUCACUUAAGACAGCAUGUAACUGUACUUUUAUUAUUACAGAAAGUGCGCCAAUUCUGCGGCUAUGAUUUUCAUUAGCACAUGGAAGAGAUUCCCUAUAUAUAAUCCGAGUUCACCAACAUAUCUGGGGAAUAUACUUAACUAGAGGCUGAAUUGUAUUCCCACUGUACAAAGCAGACAGAAGGGGCUGUGUGAUUGUUCCUGGAAACCAAUCAGAAGGCAUGGCAAACAAUGGACUAACAACCACAUAUCUCCUCCCAUACAUACUGCUGCACAAAAUCUGGCUAGGAGCCCUAUUGCCAGUGCCUAAAGAUAACACAUUACAACAUUUUACUUUUCUACACAAACGUGCAACUGUAACAAGAGUUCCGGGGUUUUUUUAAACAUGUAUCGUAAAGCCUGUUAUUGUACAUUAUGCCUAGGAAUACAAUGUUUAUUUUUUUAACUUUUAUUGUAUUUUUUUUGUCAGCAUUGAAACUAGAACACAAUAAAUAAACGGAUGUUCAGUAUA